AAAUCAAACAUCUCAAUUUAUUUCUAUAUCCAAAAUGACUUAAAUCCAAGUAAUUGAUCUAAUGACCAAAAUCUGUUGAGCUCAUAAAUUCAAGGUAAAAUCUAUCUUACAAAAGCAUGAUUUAUUUCUAAAAUCUAUAUCAAUCUCGAAAUGGCUAGCCUUUUAACUCGUCACUUCCCGUGGUUUCCCCAUCCUCGGUUUCGCUUCCUGAAAUGGUGGACAAGGAAAAACUAUGAGAUAAACUCAGUAAGUAAAAUAUGGAGUGCCCCUUAUUAAACUUAUAGCAUGCCAACAAGUGUAAUCGCGAAAAACGAAUACAGUACGGGAACAAAAUAAACGUUUUCUCUAUAGGUCAUGGCCAGUGUUAUAAACCUCCCACUAGCAGGCACACUAUUUGUUGGUGUAUAAUCCCCACUAACAGGGUCACUCGUACGAACCGGCUCUAUCACUAACAUCUCGACAUGUGCUAGAGUUUAACCCCCACUAGCAGGGUCACUAAUAACAUGACCACAUCGGAAACAAAAUAGGCUGAAAUUAACAGAAAAAUCAUAAUUCACCAAUCACUUCCAAAUCAUCAGGACAAUCAAUUAAAUUUUAAGUAGGCAUGCUCAAUUUAAUAAAAGCAUAAAAAUUUUACUUCAAAUCAGUCAUACUUUGUAUAAAACGGGUUUAGUCCCACCACCACUUCAAAAAUAAGUCAAAACAUGCUUU